AAACAUGCAAGUAGCACAGGUCGGUGUAAAAAGCACUCUGCACAUCAAAAGCGUCCUUAAACAGCAGAGUAACUUGUACUACUGUUGCUUGGAAAGUGCCACAACCGUACCAAAUGGAUGCGUUUCACACAGCUUACUCGUGCUGUACACAACACUCGGACAGAAGAUAAUGGAAAUGGAUGAUAGUACGGCUGUGCUGGUCCUUACAAGAUCUGCAGACACUACACUACCUGCGGAGGACAGCACUUUAAGCUUCGCCAUUUGUUUGCGCUAUCGUUGGAAGUUGGAGCAGGUGCAACUAUUCGCCUUUCCGGACACUUUAAUCCAGGAUAGCCAUCCGAACGGCUCGCUAGACAUGGAGAAAGGCACCGAAAAGCCACUCUGUAAAUACAUCAAUUACAAUAUGGAAGCUACAUCACCUACCGACAAUCGGUUGUUUUUGAUUAAAUCCUUCGACUUUCGACGGGUGUCUACAGUAACGUACCAUCUGCAUGUCCUUUUGAAUGGUAAAAACUUUGAUUUGUAAAAGCUCAAAUUGAAAUGUGUAGCUCAAUUAUUCGAUUUUAUUGGGCAGGAAAACCAAAACCAAAAAUGAAUGGGAUGAUGGUUCUACCAGACGAGGGAUAUUUUGAGAUAUUCUGCUGGGGUACAGCAUUUCCUGCCCCGAGAGUAAAAUUCUUCUUCACACCGUGCCCAUCCCUUGAGUGGCAUAAUUGCAACAAUCCGCCAGUACAAUUGGAUGAGGUAAUCUCCACCAGCAGUACGAUCACCUUCAACGAAAGUCUACCAGUGAGCUUCGGAUCACACAUCACAGCAGGAAUAGUGCAGUGCCAGGCGUCCAAUGCCGACGGUACCGCCAUCGCUCACUCCAAGAUAUUCAAGCACCACCAGCGCAAAAUGAUGAGCCUGCAAAUCCUACACCCAACCGACACGAUCUAUCAGGGCGACUCCAUCAUCGUUCAAUGUUCCGCCGAUCGGCACAUCUUCACCAACAGCUUCACUUUUCGCACGGAAGACGAACAGCGCUCUAUUGCCGUACAUGACGUACCAGACGCAGAACAUUCCUUCAAUUGGGUUGCAAAUUUUACGAUAAGCAACGUCACGAUAACCGGCGACUAUGGGGUAGAGUGUGAAGCGAUGCAUCACAAUGGAACGUUGUCGAGCCGGCGCUUAUCGCUGAAGAUCGUGCGACCCUACCUUACCGUUCGGGAACGGUUGAUACGCGUGGUUGCUAGAGGUGAUCCGGAGCCGUUGCUGCUGAGCUGCAAUGCCGCAGGACGUCCAAUGCCACAGUACCGGUGGUACAGGAAUGGGGAACUGCUGCCCAACACAAACUUUAUGCUGGUGGUAACCUCUUCAGUGAAGGAUGGGUACGCUUGCUACACGUGGAACAGGGCGGGCGAGGAGUGGAUUAGAUGGGAUAUAGUGCAUCGGGAAGAAGCGGACGAACACGUGCUUUAUCAAACCAUUGUAGCGGGUGUACUUUUAAUCAUAGCUGUUCUUGGAUGUGUUAUGUGUUAUAUAAAAAUUAGACAACUUUACACGUUUCUUCGUAUUUAUAGAGCUGCAAAAAAUCGGCAAUCCUCAUUGUAUGCCAAUAAUUUAUGUCAAGAGCUCCACUCUCACGAAUAAAGUAUUCUUGACAUAAAGUGUCCACGUAAGAGGCAACAGGACUUUGAACCUUUACCAAGAAACCAACGUGGAGGAGUUCCGAUUACACCUUGUGAUAUCAGUCAAAGGCAGGAGUGGGAGUGAAGCAAAGUUCAACCUUUUAGAUUUCGAACCCCUGAUUACAACCAGGUGGUAAGCGAGAUAGCAUUCGACACAAACCUGCGGGAGCUCACAAUGCGUUGUGACAA